AUGAAGAGCAUCGCUCCUAACUUUAUAGAGAAGGCAACCCAAAGUUUAGUGGAAUCGGUGAAAAAUGAAGCUCAAUAUUUAUGUUGCUUCAAUAGUUAUGUUCAAGAAUAUGAGCAUGCAAAGGAAAGAUUGAAUGCAAAACUUGAAGAUCUAAGGAGAAUAAUUGAUCAAGCAAGAGGUGUUUCUCAUAUCACAUUUGUUGCCCUACAAUGGACACGUGAAGCUGAAGAACUCAUUGAUGUUGACAUUAAGAAAGAGAAAUGCCUUCAUGACUUGUGUCUUAAUUGCUGGCAUCAAUAUCAGAAAGGCAAAGACUUGGUGAAGCGGACUCUAGAUAUUGACAAACUUCUAGAGAGAUGUAACUCUGACAUAGUAGCAAGUCCAAUUGAUCUUCCAGGUAUAAAAUACCAUUGCUUACCAAAUUUCUUACAUUUUGAGAGCAGAAAGUCAACAUUUGAAGAACUUAAAAAGGCACUAGAAGAUGAAGAAAACAAUAUGAUUGGACUGGAAGGCUUAGGGGGAACAGGCAAAACCUCAAUGGCAAAGGAAGUGGGUGUUGAAUUAGAAGGAUCCACGUUCGGAAAAGUCAUCUUUCUUGUUGUCUCUAAGCUUCCAGAUUUCAAAAAGCUUCGAGGUGAAAUUGCUAGGAAUUUGGAUUUGAAAUUAGAGAAUGGAAUGGAAGAAGUACCCCAUCACAAAAUAUUGGCCAAAAUCAAAGCAUUAAAAGAAAAACUUCUUAUAGUACUAGAUGAUGUGUGGAUGGAGUUUGAUCCCACAAAAGAGUUGGGGAUUCCUCCUCCCCACCUGCAGAAGGGUUGUACUAUAUUGAUAACCACCCGGAUUGAAGAGAUUUGUACAAAGAUGGAUUGCCAAAGAAACAUUCAUCUAGAUGCAUUGACCGAUAAGGACGCAUUGUCUCUUUUCCUCAAGCAUACUAGUAGUUCCUCUAAUUUGGAGAGUUUGCCACUUAUUGUGGAGCACUGCCAUGGAGUACCAGUUGUAAUUGUUGCUGUAGCAAGAUCAUUAAAAGGUCGACCUUCUAGAGUUUGGAAGGAAGCCUUGAGGAACUUGCAAAGCGGUGAGCCAAUAUUUAAGGUUCGUGAUGAUGAUUUAAAAGGGGUCUAUGAAGGUUUGAAGUUGAGCUAUGAUAAUUUGAAAAAUGAAAAAGCCAAAAAGCUCUUGUUGAUAUCUUCCCUAUUCCCUGAAGAUUUUAAGAUUCCUAUUGAGUUUUUAAUCAAAAUUGGUGUAGGAAUGGACCAUUUUGGGGAAGUUGAUAACUACAAUGAAAGAAGAAGAAAAGUACUUGAUGCUAUAGCGGAACUCCUAGGUUCUUCUUUAUUAUUGGAUGCGGGGAGGGAAUGUGUAAAGAUGCAUGAUUUAGUUCAUGAAGUAGCCUUAUUAAUAGGAGAAAAGGAUGUUCAAUCUGUCAUUGAAUCUAAACAGCCUAAAAAGGGCUUGCAAUGUUUAUUUUGGAAAAGCAAUUCUUUUCCAAGAUACUUUGAUGGUAGAAACCUUGAGGUUUUACUUUGGGUUCUAGAUGACUUAGAGGAUUUGGAAGUCCACGAUACAUUCUUCACAGAGAUGAAAAAGCUCAAAGUUUG